AAAUGUGAAAUCCUUUGGCGCAUCAUUGAUCGUAGGUGGACAAACCAACUCCACCAACCGAUACAUGCCUUCGCCUACUUUUUGAACCCGAAAUUCUACUUCUCUGAUUCAUUUAGGGCUGAUGAGGAGGUCAUGGCAGGUGUUAUUACAUGCAUUGAUAAGAUGACACCUGAUCCUGAGUUGAGAGACAAGGUUCUUGAUGAGUUGGAGAUCUACAAAAGUGCAGAGGGGAGACUCUUCUCAUCACAACUAGCAAUUGAUAGGAGAGGAAAACAACAACCAGAUUUAUGGUGGGAGAAUUAUGGUGCCGGCACGCCUAAUCUUCAAAAGAUAGCUAUCCGUGUUUCGUCUCAGCCAUGCAGUGCUUCUGGGUGUGAACGAAAUUGGAGUGUCUUUGAGAGCAUUCACACAAAGAAGAGAAAUAGAUUGUCACAAAAGCGGCUCAAUGAUCUAGUAUUUGUUCGGUACAACCUUCGCCUUCGAGUUAGACAGGUGGAGGGUGUUUCACAUGAGGCCAUUGACUUGGAUGAAAUUGAUCCAUAUGGUGAUUGGACCAUGAAUGAACAAAAUGAUGGCGAUGAUGUCCUCCUUACCGAAGAAGAAAUUGCAGAAAUAGAGAGAGGAGCAGCACAAGAUGCAGAAGGAGCAAGAUUGGAUGAAGAUGAGGACGAAGAUGAGGAUGAUGAUGAGGACUUUGACUUUGAAGAAGAAUCAUCUCACCAUUUAGAUACCACAACACCCACUGCUACUACUUCUAGCUCAAGGCCUGAAAAAUUGAGCUAUAUUAGGAAAAAUACAAAGAGGAAGAUGUAGUCUUCUCUUUGGUUUGUUCAUUCACAUUGUUGUUUUUCACAUUUGCAGUUGGACUUGGACAUAUCAUUAUAUGUAAUUUUGUGAACAUUUAUAUACUUAUGCUGCCAUUAUACAUUUUAGAGUUGAAAGUUGAAACUUGAAUAUGCUGCCAUGAAUGAUGAAAUUUCAAAUAUUGCGUGUUUGUACUUUGUAGAUCAUAUGACAUGUGUAAUGUUUCAA